CCUGAUCAUCAGCUUCAGACACACCAAAGCAGAACAGGCACACACCCACACCUCCAUAAAAACCUCAAGCUCCCACUGUUAGCUCAGAAGUCUCAGGCCGUGUGGCUCUCAGCAUCACACUGCUAUCGACCUGUGCCCGACAGAAACGUCAUUUCAGAAGCUGAUAUUCUGAGAGAAGGAAACUAACGAAGGAUGUGUGCUCCUGGAUGGCCAAUCACACUUCUGCUGGUUCGCUUCUUUGGCUCAGCUACCUCAUCCCCUGUUUCCAUUUACACACCUUCUCCACCUCUUCCAUCGCAAAUUUCCCCUCCCUCUCCCUCAGCAACAGUCCUCCCGUUUCUACCUUCCCCCUCUCUGAGUGUCCCAUCCCACAUCCCUCCAUUCAUCAGCAGCUCUCCAGAGUCAGAAAGACUCCGCUGCCCACUGACGAUGUCACCCUCCACUCUGGUGGUCAGGUAUGGGGAUCCAGUUGAAGCUAACUGCUCUGUACCAGAGAUGGGCUUUCCAGUUCUGGGUUGGGAAGUCUCACUGGCAGAUCCUCACUAUACCAUGGAUCGUUUUCUGGUCUGGAGUGUGGACAGAAUGACUAACUGGGGCAUCAAGGCAAUAUGCUACGCACUCUCUGAGCAUGGAGGGCAGUGCAACAUGGAUCUCCCUGUAAUCAUUUACCAGCCUCCUGACAGAGUGUCCAUCAGAUUGAUAAAUCACACUGGGUCAAUGCUUGAGGACCAUCAGUACACUCUGCAGUGCACGGUUCAAGAUGUUGCACCAGUUGAAAGCCUGACCGUGAUAUUCUAUAAAGGAGACACAGAACUGGGUCAAGUUCAGUCCGACAACACCACAGAGAGGACUCCAGUCACAGAGAUCUUCACUCUUGGUAUCAUCCCCACUAAAGAAGACAAUGGAGCCCAGUACUGGUGUGAAGCUAGACUAGAACUGGGACCUGAAGGACCACAGCAUCCUCCAGUGGUGGCAUCACAAAAACUCAGUGCCACGGUCCUCUUUGGUCCUGAGCUCAGCUGCCCUACAAAACUACAAGUGAGAGAGGGAGAGACUCUCAGAUGUGAUGUGAUUGGAAACCCCCCACCAUCAGUCAUGUGGGUCAGAGAUGGGCGGGUGGUUGUUCUACCCACUCUCUCAAGCAAAACACAUGCUGGAAAAUACACAGCUUGGACCAAAGGACUGCUUGGACAAAAAAACUUUACAGUGGAGGUGGAGGUCCUUGCUGCCAGUGGAGCUGCAAACACCUAUAAUGGACAUUUCUUGCUGGCUGCCCUGCUAACUCCGAUGAUUCACUGGCUGUAAAACCUAAAAGAGCCUGUUGUGAUCUGUGAUCCUUCUUUGCAUGCUGUUUGGAUAAACUCCCGUCUGUCGGGGAAGACUCACUGCCUUACGUUGCUCAUCGUUUUGAAUUUGAAUGCCUUUUUGUGCAUCAUUUGCACUCACUGAAAGCAGAACUGCUGUCCAGGUACAUGUUGUAAUAUGAAGCCUCGAUGUAACCCUGUCUGAAAGGUAAAGUUCACAUCUUCCCAACUGAAAGCUGCUCUAGUAGGAAAAACACAUUUUAGCCUUGUAAAGUUUAAUGCUCACUCAUUCAGCCAUGGUAGGCUUUCUUCCAGAGAUUAUUUUUUAACAAUCGGACUUUUCUUAACCGUCUGUUUAUCUUUGGUGUGUACAUAUGUUUAUUUUUCUGUCUAUAUUUCUGAACAUGGCAAAGCACCAGGUCUUAUUUCUCCAAUGUUAAAAUGCUGAAACAGAACUUGUAUAAUAGCAGUACAUCUUAAUUUUUUAGACUUGUAUAGCUUUAAAGUGUUUGUGCUGUGACAAAGUAUGGCUAAGGAGAACGAAAUUUAACAGAAAAUUGCAAACACAGGUCUAUAAUCACAAUAUCAAGCAUGUAAAGAUGGGAACGAUCUGAGCAUAAAGUGUAUUUUAAAUUUGCAAAUGUCAAUUCUGCUGGCUGGAGCUCACACAGAAACUACACUACAACGCACUCUUUCAAUAGUAUGGAAUAAAUAGUGUCAAAGCUCUAGUGAAGUUUUGGCCAUUUUAACUGUAAAUGACUGAAUAAAUGUGCAAAGGGAAUCUGAGUGGGUAGAACAGCGA